AUGCAGGGACGUGCGGAAAGAUGCGAUCCGGACGAAGUUUUCCGAUUAGAGCGAGAAACGGGAUGCAUUCUUCCCAGGGGAGGUCUACUCUCGUUUCAAAUUCACUUGUACUUAGCAGAAAACAAAAUGGACGAAGAAAUGGAUGUAGACGUCGUUGCUGAUGAAAAUGGUCAACAGGUCAAUUCUGUUUCUGAGGUCGCAAGUCGAGUUGCGGAUGAUCCUCUUGAUGAUGACGAAGACGAUAGGACGUACAGUGGUUCUUCAAAUGGAUCCUCAUACGGAGAAGACGAGGAUGGUGCUCCAAUGGUUUCGCUUAGAAAGAAAAAUUUCAACGCGACACCAACAGUUCGGGCAGCUCCAGUUGAACUGCCUACGAAUACUCGUCUGAAGAUCAAAGUGAACAAACUUUUUGUGACUGCAGAGUGGAAGUGGAUUGAAGGCGGAGACGACACGUGCGGCAUUUGCCGUAUGCCUUUUGAAGCUUGUUGUGUUGAUUGCAAAUGCCCAGGAGAUGAAUGUCCUUUGGUACUUGGUCAGUGUAAACAUCCUUUUCAUAUGCAUUGUAUUGUGAAAUGGACUGACGCUCAGAACACUCCAAAGCCACAAUGUCCUCUUUGUAGACAAGAAUGGAAGUUUGCAGACUAA